UCGUCCGAGAAAAUAUAGUCCCCUAGGGCUUAGUUAGCUUUGUUCCCUCAUCUUCACACUCAUCACUAACUACCUACUAUUAGUAAGUAGUAAAACACUAAAACUUGGCACUAAUAAAUUACUAAUCAAAUGUAAUCAGAUAUUUUGUAUCUGACAAAAUAAUAACAUAAUUUAUACGGGUAUGUCUAUGACACGGACCAAUGUGGAUUUACCAUAAUAUUAUAUCUUAGUCCAUAGUCUAUGCCCCACGGUCUUAGAAUAAUAUGCCCUAUGGUGAAUGCUGUUCUAGCCUUUAGGGUUUAAAAAUUGCUGCUUAUUUUAUUUAUUCACUAAUUAAAUACUAAUUCAACAAAUUUAUAUUGUUGACGAAUUGAAUAUGCCCUCUGAACGUCGCUUGUGGAAAAUAGUAUUUGAUAAUUUUUUAAAAUCUCUUCAACCUAAACUGAAAGAAAAACCAAUUGGUAUUGAUUCACAAGGUAAUAAAUACUUUGAGUUAGAAGCCGAUCCUCAAGGGGGCCGUAGAUUGCCAAGAAGAUGGUUUGUUCCAGUAGAUGAAGAAACAGGUGUUCCAACACCUGAAUGGUCACAGUGGUUAAGAGGAAGACGUGAUGAACCACCAACUCAAGAGGAAAUUGCUCAUAACGAAGCUAUUGCAAAUAUGAAGAAAAUUAAUGCUGAGAAUAUUGCACAGAAAUUUAGACUUCCAGGCUCUACUAAUGAAACAGAAUGUCAACAAAAUAGUAAAGGAUUUCCUGAUAUGUCCGAAAAAUUUGAAAUACAACCUGGAAAUUUAAAAAGUAAAAUUAAAUAAAUUUUAGUCAACAACUCAUUUGUAAAAUGUAUUGCAAAAAUAAGGUUCUUGUGUAUUAUUUAUGUUUUGAUAUACUUUUUGAAUUUGAGUAGUCAUAAUAAUGUCUGAUAGAAAAUAAUAGUUAUUCUUGGAUACAAAUAAUGUUAUUUAUUUAUUAUGUAAUUUCUAAUAAUUAUAUAACUUGCAGUUCUUACUAAAUUUAGUACAAAAUUGCACAUAUUUAAUAUUUUAUUUCAAUAAGUAAUUAUUAUUAACUUCUGUGUAAAUAAAUCUUAGGAAAGUGUUCUCAUUUA